UUUUGUGUGUAACACAUUGAACGUCAUAUGCGUCUCUGCGUCACAUCUCUCUGUACGAUGGCAGAUGAAGUAGUGUUUGACAACAGGCCCUCCUUCAUGGAUCCUCUUAAAGGACUUUUACUGACUUAUUUUAUGCCAGAAAAAUGUUACGACGAGUUCUUUCUCGACUUCAACUUACUGCACGUACCAUGUCUGAAGAUUGUGCUGAGCAAAGGCCUGGGGAUCGGCAUCAUCCUGGGAUCACUGAUGGUGAAGCUGCCUCAGAUCUUCAAGCUGAUGGGAGCGAAGAGCGCUGAGGGGCUGAGCUUCAACACUGUGCUGCUGGAGCUGCUGGCCAUCACGGGAACAAUGGCCUACUGUAUCGUCAACGAGUUCCCUUUCAGUGCCUGGGGCGAGGCUCUGUUCCUCAUGCUGCAGACGGUCAUCAUCGGCUUCCUCAUUCAGCACUAUGGGGGAAAAACCAGCAGAGGUCUCCUGUUUAUGGUUGUGUAUUUUGUUCUGCUGGUCCUCGUGCUGUCUCCAGUGACUCCCAUCUCAGUGAUUACCUCCAUGCAGGCCUUUAACAUGCCAGCCAUCAUCAUCGGCAGGCUGAUCCAGGCAGCCGCUAACUUCCAUAACGGGCACACCGGCCAGCUGUCUGCUAUCUCCGUCUUCCUGCUGUUUGCUGGAUCCCUCGCCCGCAUCUUCACCUCACUACAGGAAACUGGAGACACACUGAUGGCCCUCACCUACGUCAUAUCCUCCACCUGCAACGGCAUCAUCGCUCUGCAGGUUCUCUACUACUGGAACAGCUCCCCAGAGAAGAAGAAGAAGAAGAGCGAGUAGGCAGAGGACAGUCGCUAAACUUCAAUCAUAGAGCAACACUUUUUUAUUCCAUAUUCAACUUUAGGCAAGAGGUGUCUUCAAAACUUGGAACUAAAUGACACAUGAUGUGUGGGGACGUUUUAAUCUGCUGGACAAACACUUGACUGUGAAGUAAGGAUGUGAACACAACAUGUCAAGCAGAUCUUCCAUGUGGGCCCACUGGUUGUGUGAUUAUGACAGUUAGCUGGUUUUAUUGCUGGGGUUUAGCUGUGUGCAGGGCUGCUGGGUCCAGACUCUCUCGCUGUGCAGUACACUGUUAUUACAUUCCUCUUGAUCCUCGGUACUGUCAGGCUGUUUGAAACAUUCACAUCCAGGACCUCUGAUUACCAUUCAUUAAUUAUUAAUAAUAAUUGGUUAUUUUUUUUAUUUGAAACGAUGCGUGUAAAGAAUGAUUUAUUGUUUUAUCAUUUCACAUAAACAGAAUUCCAUACCAACCCC